AUGCCCAAUGCCUUUUUUUUUCUUCACCCUUGUGACCAUGAGACGUCCAAGGAAAAGCAGACAAAUGACGGCAUUCACAAAUCAUUCGCAAGCCACCCAUUUUUGUCAACAAUAUUAACGAAAAAAAAACGCGUUCCUUUCCCACUUCUUUAUCCUUUUUUUUUCGACUUCUUUACUUUUAUUAUGUGGUUUUUUAAGCUCUCCUCCACUUCUACCAGCGAAAGCUCCAACUGCAACUCUUUUACUUCUCGUAUUUUCAACACCUUCCAAAACGUAUCUUUGCCUUCGUGGCUCUCUACCUCUCUGCCUAUUCCUGAUCAGGCGGUUGAACAAGCCAAGAAUAUUCAAGUCUUCCUUCGUUAUCGAAAUGUCCCUGACGCCAACAACGUGUCUCGUAUUAAUUUGGUGGCUAACCCGUGUCAACCUGAAGGACAAAUCCUGUUCGGCCCUAAUCAAGAAUGCUACGACUUUGAUCAUGUUUUUGAUCAAUCGUCUUCCCAAGAAGCCAUCUUUCGUCAAGUUGCUGGACCUAUGAUUGAACAAAUCGUGAAUGGUUACAACUGCUCCGUGAUUGCCUGCGGACAGACAGGCACCGGCAAAUCGCAUACCCUGCAAGGAGAUUUGACAGAAUUUUCUGACAGCACUCCAACUGAAGCAGGCAUCAUUCCCCGCACCCUCUGCAGGCUCUUUGAGUACUUGAGACUCUUUCAACAUCAUAAUGCCUCGGUCCAAAUCUCUCUCGUCGAAUUGUGCAACAAUCGUCUUUAUGAUUUGCUCAACAUUUACGACCAAGACUCCCAUUUGCAGAUUCAAGAAGAUCCCACCACUUCCACUGUGACCAUCCACGGAUGUCGCGAACCUUUGAUUCGCUCUGCCGAUGAGGGCCUCCGCAUACUUCGUUAUGGCAUGGCUCAAAGAACCAUCGGUCCCACACGCUGGAAUGAAACAUCCGACCGUGGUCACUGCUUUUUUACUGUCAAACUUUCUUAUCAAAAUAUCGUCGACGACAAGGCCAUGGUUCGCAGUGGCAAACUAACCUUUGUGGACCUUGCUGGUUCCGAAAUCAUCCACGCCGAUUAUCCCCGCCACAGGCUCGAACCCGAAACCGUUUCGGUCAAUCAAGACUUGAUCACACUCAUGAAUACCAUCCAAGACCUCGCUGCCCGUGGUUCAUCCCAUUUGUUCAGAUACAACAAGCUGGCGUGGCUACUUCAAAAUUGUUUGGGUGGCAACGUUCAAACAUCCAUUCUCGCCACUGCCUCAACUGCCGAGGUCCACCACGAUGACACGCUGGCCACCCUUCAAACAGCUACUUUGGCCAGAAAAAUUAUCAACCAUCCACGCCGCAAUGCGCCCGUCCAACGCGAUCGCAACAUCGGCGAUUUGCAAAACACAAUCGAAAACCUCGAAGCAGAACUCGAGUAUAACCAGAAAAUGAACGGAGUCCGCAUGUCGCGCGACUUUUUCCAGACUUGGAUGCAGGACAGAGAAGAACUAAAAAAGAAAAUCCAAGAAACCGACCAUGAACUGCAUAAAACACGACAGCAGGCGCACAAAGCAAAACAAGAACUGCAAUCCAAGAUCUUUUCACAGCAAGUGGAACAGCAACAUAUGGCUUCUUUCGAAAACCGAUGCUUGAAAUAUGCUGAUUUGGUGCAAAAAAUGGAGGAACAAGUCGAAACAUUGACAAACGUGACUGAAAAUCAAAAAGAGGAAUUGAAAUCCCGCAGGGUGGUCUUCAAUGAAACGCUGGCUGAGCUGAACGAAUGCAUUCAAGAAAAGGAUGAAGAGAUCGUGCGCUUGGAAGAAAUGAUCGAAGACAAAGAGGACGAGAUAACCAAUCUGAAACACACGGUGCGAAGCAAUGAACGAUACUAUGCGAACUUUGCGCGCUGGUUCCAGGAAGAGCACACAAAUCAACUCACGGAACUUCAAAAACAAGAAGAAGAGCUUCAACGGCUGAAUAUGACUACAGCUGAUUAUGAACGACAGACCCGAUUCUUUUCACAUCCCAGCUAUCCCAGAUGGCAUACCUCUUUCGGUGGCGAAUGGCCCAACGGUGAGGAGAUCUCGAAUGAGGACAUGCCUGUCUUGACCCAGGACAUCAUUAAAAGGGAAUACACCAUGUGUUUAUUUGCUGAGCUGAUGGAUGAAAGUUCAAUGAACAAAGACAAUAGCAUGGAAAACCAAACAUACGAACACAACAACGCCGCCCAUGCCACCCAAAACUUUAUCCAACGAGCCGAAUCCUCACGAAACCGAACCGCACUUCGCGAUGCAUCCAAUACAACCGGAACAACAACCACAGGCGCUGGCAAAAGAAAGCGCAACGUUUAUUUCUCUGACCCUGUGGCUACAGAAAUCCCAGAGGAGGAAGGUGACAUCGAAGUCCCCUAUGCGCCGGGUCAACGUCGACCAAUUCGACGCCGUAAAAAGCGCCGAACUUCCCAAGCGUCUGAUGACUAUCACUAUAACUAAGCUACUGACGCCAUUUUCACCUUGGUAACAAAAAUUUGAUUACGCACAUCCAUGUAUGAAAACAUUUGAAAAUGAAUAAAAUUCUCAGUCAUUUUUUUACGAGUCAUGGUCUUGGUUAAGAUUCCCAGGG